UUCUCUUCUUAAUAAUUAAAAGCAUUAGAGAAAAACCCAACCAAGUCCUGCCUGUACGGCAAAAACGACCGUCGUUUAUCUCCUUCCUUCAUAACCGCUCUAUUCUUCACAUAAUGUUCUUCAACUUCAACAACAUCAAUUUGCGGUUUGUAAUAACAACGGUUAUUAAGCGGUUCCCUGACGUCCCUGCUUCAGUCCCCGCUGUUCCCACCAUCUGCUUCAAUCCCUACCGUUCCCCGCCAUCCCCGAUGCCGUUCCCGCCGUCCACUACUCUGGUAACCGCUGUCCACUAUCCCUGCAUCCGGCCUCCCAAACACUUUUUACUCUCCAUCGUCAAUUGGCGGAACUCCUCUACCAUCUGCUAUGCGUACCACAAAAAUCAAGUAGAUAAUUCGGGAAUACUGCUCCAGUAUCAGGUACAAACUUUUGUUCUGCCAAUGGAUUACAGGUAAGUAUUCUUUUUAAUAUUAUAUUUUAUUUUUCGUGCUACCGUUCGUUUAGCAAAUUAUUCAAGUUUGGAAUAAUUUAAUUUGUUAAACGAAUGUGUAUUUGGAUGGCUCUUAUAAUAGCCACAAAGUCCACAUUGUUUUAUUUAUUUCAAAGAAUGACUCAUUUUCUUCAUGAGAUGGUCAUUCUUCUUUCUAUUUAUAUAUUGUUAUCUCUGGCAAAAAAAAAAAAAAAAAAAAAAAAAAAAAAUUGAUCCCUCACCUUUUUCAUCAAUCGCUUAUAGUUUUUUGUUUACCCUCCAAUAACACAAUGUCAUGGCUGGCUCGCUCCUUUGCCAACUCCCUUAGGCUCGACGACGACGGUGACAACUUAGAAAACGACGUCGCAUCAGGCGAUCCCUCACCUUCCAAUCGUAUUGAACAAGAUAUACAUUUGUCAACAGAUGUUGAAGAAUCCCAGGCGAGAGGUAUGAAAGAGGACCUUACGGAACUUAGACAAUCCCUACGGCAACAACUUUGGGGCGUCGCUUCUUUUCUUGCUCCUCCUCCUCCUCCACCGCCUCCGCCUCCUCCUCCUAUUUCCAAGGAACGAUUGUUAGUCUCUAAUUUGAAUAAAAGUCAAUCGGAACCGUCGGAUCUAUCAGAGGGAGGAGAAGGGUCUGAUUGUGAAGAAACCUCGAGGAUCAAACAGGAUUUUGUGGAGAUUGGGGGCAGAUUUAGAACGGAAAUUUCUAAAAUGGCUUCUAAUUAUUUCCCGUUUGGAUCGAAGGAAAUUCAAUAUGAGAUUGAAAAUGGUGAGGAGGAAAAUGAAGGAGAGGAAUUGGAGAUGGAGGAGGAGUAUGAGGAUUGGGAAGAUACAGCUACCGGGAUUACGGAUGAGGUGUUGGCAUUUGCAAGGAACAUUGCAAUGCAUCCUGAGACUUGGUUAGAUUUUCCUCUUGAUAUAGAAGAUGAUUUAGAUGAUUUUGGUAUGUCCAUUGCCCAACGAGAGCAUGCUUUGGCCAUUGAACGACUUGCUCCUAGACUAGCUGCUCUCAGAAUUGAACUUUGCCCUUGCCAUAUGCCUGACAGUUACUUUUGGAAAGUUUAUUUUGUUCUUCUGCAUUCAAGGCUCAAUAAACACGAUGCAGAAAUUUUAUCUACACCUCAGGUAAUGGAAGCCAGAACGAUGUGGAUGCAGGAACUACAUAAACAAACAAAGCCAGAAAAUGACUGGUAUGGAAAAAGCACUACGUAUGAGAACGACAACAGUAAUGUAAGGCAUGGAGAUAUUGGGUAUGCCAGGACAUUUGGUUUAGAAUCAAGAACUAGUGCUAUGGAAGAUUAUGAGACAGAGAAGCACCCAAUUGUAAAUACAGAGACGCAAUUCAUUGAUAAAACUGUUGUUGAAGAGAUAAAACACGAGAAUAAGGAUUUAUGUGCUGGUACAUCCCCUAAAGCAGAGCUUCCUUAUUAUGAAGAUGACGACGAUGAUGAUUGGCCAGAGGAUGAAGAUUUGGAUUUAGGCAGUUACAAAGCCACCAUUCCGUUGGGAAACGAAGACGACUUCUCUUUCAGUGAUCUGGAAGAUGAUACCAACAGCACUAUUCCCAUAAAAUCUAAGGUACAUUCAAAGGAUACUGAAAGAUCAACAACGUAAAUCCUAGCUAUAUAGCGUAAGCAUUGCUGAUUGUGAACAGUAAGUGUGAAGAUCCUAUAAUUGCAACUCUCCGAAGCAUCCAGAAGUAUGAUAUGAUUUGAUAAUGAGUCAUGAGCUCCGAUUGUUGUUCAGUUCCAAGGUUUUGAUAGAGCGAUGAUUAUAUGUUGACUUGUUGUGCAUAAGUUGUAAACAAAACAUAUUAUAAACUGGGCAGAAUAUCAUGAUUUUUGAGUGGAAAUGUCUAGAUUGUUCCUCAA